CCCUGUGCUGGCUGUUGUUGCCCUGUGCCGCAAGUAGCUUUCAACGUUCACCCAAAACUCUCCUGCCUAUGCUAGGCACAUGGAACUGAAGGAGACCACCUAUGAUCGAUCGGGAGUGCACAAUUUGGCCUUCCAGAAUGACAGCGAAGGUGUGGAUGUUAUAAAUCCAAAAGGUCUCGAAGACAAUUCACAGAGAAUCAAGAAUUCACAAACUAAGAAAACUGUACAUACUAAUCAGGAGGAUGAAUACAUCAAUAUUGAGAGUGAUCUGCAUGAAAACAAAUGUGACUCAGUAGAUGAUGAGCAACCACGCUUGAAAGGGCAUUUAGAAAAGAAAUAUGAUAAAGCCUGCGAAUUUUGCAAGAAACAUAAAACCAGAAUUCAUUAUGUGAUCUAUGGAAUUUUAAUAACAGCAUACUUGGCAGUAGUUAUUGCAGCCUGCAGCUUGAAUUUUCAGAGAGCCUUGCCACUCUUUAUCAUCACUGUCCUGGCCAUCUUCUUCACCUGCUGGGAUUUUUUAAUAGCUAAGUAUGAAGACAAAAUUGCUGCAUUCUUUUCCCCUGGAGAAAGAUAUCUGGAGAAACAAUGCUUUUGGCUGAAAUGGGUGCUGUGUGCAGCUCUUAUUAUAACUAUCAUCUGCUGGCUUAUCUUUGACACAGCAAAACAGGGAUCCCGCCAGCUGAUCUCUUUUGGUGGGCUUGUGAUGUAUGUUCUCUUGAUGUUUAUCUUUUCCAAAUAUCCAACUAGAGUUGCUUGGAGACCAGUAUUUUCAGGAAUAGCAAUGCAGUUUGUUCUUGGGCUUUUUAUUCUGAGGACCAAAGUGGGGUUUGAUGUGUUUAACUGGCUAGGCAUUCAGAUCCAGACUUUUCUGGAGUACUCUGACACAGGUGCCAAGUUUGUGUUCGGUGAGAAAUAUACGGAUCAUUUUUUUGCUUUUAAGGUCCUGCCAGUUGUGGUUUUCUUCAGCACAGUAAUGUCUAUGCUUUACCACGUUGGAUUCAUGCAGUGGUUCAUUGGAAAGGUUGGUUGGAUAAUGCAGAUUUUCAUGGGGACAACUCCUGUUGAGUCUCUGGUAGCUGCGGGUAACAUAUUUGUGGGACAGACAGAGUCUCCUCUCCUGGUACGGCCUUACUUAUCACACAUCACCAAAUCUGAACUCCAUGCAGUCAUGACAGCUGGAUUCUCAACUAUUGCUGGAAGUGUCUUAGGAGCAUAUAUUUCUUUCGGGGUUUCUGCCUCCCACCUACUGACUGCUUCUGUCAUGUCAGCACCAGCAUCACUAGCCACCUCCAAACUAUUCUGGCCUGAAACUGAAAAGCCUAAAGUAACUCUGAGUAGUGGCCUACAGAUGGCAAAAGGUGAAUCAAACAACCUGUUGGAAGCAGCCAGUCAAGGUGCCUCUACCUCCAUCCUGCUGGUGGCAAAUAUCACCGUGAAUCUGAUCUCCUUCCUUGCCCUGCUGUCUUUCCUUGACUCAGCCCUCUCUUGGGUGGGCAAUCUGUUUGACUACCCACAGCUGAACUUUGAGAACAUUUGUGCUUAUGUCUUCAUGCCAUUCUCUUUCAUGAUGGGGGUAGACUGGGAAGACAGUUUUAUCGUCGGUGGACUACUAGGUUACAAAACUUUCUUCAAUGAAUUUGUGGCUUAUGAGCGCCUCUCAAAACUGAUUCACAACCGAGAGAAGGGUGGGAGCAUGUACAUUAACGGUGUGAAACAAUAUAUGUCUGUUCGCUCAGAAGUCAUUGCCACCUAUGCUCUUUGUGGGUUUGCCAACUUCGGUUCCCUGGGACUGAUAAUAGGAGGCCUGACCACCAUUGCUCCCUCAAAAAAAAAGGAAAUAGCUGGUGGUGCUUUCAGAGCAAUGAUUGCCGGAACCGUCGCCUGUUUCAUGACAGCCUGUGUUGCAGGAAUGCUGACUGUCCCUGGUCUGGAAGAUCCUUGCCACAUCUUAUUAGGAAAUGCCUUCAACUCCACAGAUUUCCCUGCCAACAGCACGGAGCUAGUUGAAUGCUGCCAGCAACUCUUUACCAGUGUGAAUCAUUCGCAGGAGAUCUUCCCUGGAGGAAACAACAGCCUGAGUUCCUGGAAAGGAUGUUGCCAAAUACUGGAUCAACCUGCUUUUCAUUGCACUUGGAUUAAGCCUUAAUAGAUAGAUCAUAAAUAAGAGCUAUGUUCCUUGGUAGAAAGAUCAGAAGAGAAGAACAUUUCUGAGCUUGAUUCUCCUGAUUUCAUUUCUACCCUGAAACUGACGAAUCUGUAGAAUUAAACUGCUGUAGGCAAGAAGAAAAUAAGGUUCAGAGGAUUUCACUGCCACUUACAGAAAGUUGUGAACUAGAAAUAAUAUUUAGAAUUGCCAUCCAUUCCUAAUAGUAUUUCUGCUCCUCUUGAUAUCAAAGAAGUGUUUUUACUGCGCGAAGAUAAAUGACUUUGUUCUCAGAAAUCUCUGCACAUUUCUUCUAGUAACUAUGGCUGCAUGUGAACUGAGCUGCUAAUGUGGGGCAUCUCACCAGCUUGGUCACUGAAGCAUCUAACUCAGGGACUAGCCACUGCGUGCCCCAGUCUCCCUCCUUCUGCCCAUAGAGGUAUCCAGGCCACAUCUUGAUCCAGGAGGUUGGUCCCUGUUUAGAGGUAACUCAUGUGAAUGGAAAUGACCAAAUUCCAAGGAAAGUUUCCUGUAUCGAUUCUUCUUAAUCUUUGUGUUUAACAAUUGUGAAAAUUGAUCCUGGAGUCACCAACCAGGAACUCAGAACAGUAUUCCUACCAGAAACAAGAGAACCAUGCUGCAAAUCAAAUGUGGGUAAAAUCGUGUCACAGUCUGACUACUCCCUGUGAAAGCAACAUUAAUGGGUCUUGAAGACCUAUUGAAGAUCCUCCUGAAGAGGAAAAUCUGUUAUGUUUUUAAGGUUCAGACCUUUCAUGGACUCCAAAACUGAAAAGUUCUUUGCAGAUGGUUUUGCAAAAGAUUCCUAUCCUAUGACACUGUUAAUGCCAAAGACUUGGAAAAAAAAAAAAAAGCUGAGAACCGAA